AUGAGCGAAGCAGUACCCCCGCCUCCUGUUCCAACAACGGGUGGUGGACCACGCUUCCGAAUCGUUCCAGGGCCUGUUUUAGGCGAAAAUGGUCGAGCAAAUGUUCCUCGGAGUACAAACAUAGCUUCCUCGGUUUCAACACCAUCUUUUGUCUCGCAGGUGAGCGGUCAAGACAUGCAGUUACGACCUGUACAAUAUGUUAUGUUAAACCAAGGCAACAAUGCCCAAACUCAUCAGAAUCAUAUGCGUAAUACUAAUGCAGCCGAGCAAGCAAGCAUGGUUUCAAAAUGCGCGCGAUUUUUCAAAACGCUCAUACAUCUCUCGCAGCAACCUGAUCAACAGCAAGGGCAGCAAACAGCCAUGCGGGUAACCGAACUUGUUAAGCUGGUAAUAUAUGGUUCAAUGCCUCCAGAGGUAUUUACUAGUCGUCUUCAGGAAGCACUGCGCUCUCAAGCACAGCCACAUCUGCUUCCAUUUCUUCAGAGGACUUUACCAGCGCUGAGGGCAGCAUUACAAAAGGGUGAAGUUAUUAUUGAAGGAAUCGGUGCCGCUGCUCCGCAGCAGCCACCACUUCCUGACAUUCCUCAGCCUCCCACACAGUGGGAUACAAGUUCACAACGGACAAAUAAUGAAAAUUCUUACUUGUCGCAGAGGUCUUCAAGCGUUGCUCCGUCGUCAUCAGUGCUGAAUGGCAGCACAGGAAGUUAUUCGAAAACUGAAGGAAGUGAUGAUUUUUCAAUAGAAGAGUCGUCCAGUGAAGCUGAAAUUCGUACAUUACCUCCGAGCCAAACACAGUAUAAACUACUAAAUGGUGAUGUCAUUGCUCGGAAAAUUCAACGGGCAAUGCCUGAUGGAGGUAUUCCUCAAGAGGAAGUGAUUGCUUUAAUUUCUCAGGCCGCAGAAUUUAGGUUGCGGAUAAUGCUUGCCAAAUUAGCUGUUGUUGCGGAACAUCGUUUGGAACCUCUUCGAAAUCAUCCUUAUUAUCGCGCAAUUGAUGAUACUCGUCGACAGCUUCGCUUCGUGGAAGAAUUGGAACGUUUGGAAUAUGAAAGAAGAGAAAAUCGUGAAAAAGAAGCAUUAAUUCGACUCAGUAAAACUAAAGGAAAGGAUAAAGAUACUUUGGUUGAGAAAGCAAAACAGUUGCAAAAAGCUGAUCAGGAAGCUGCGCGAAAUCGUGAUGCCAAUGCUGCCGCAAUAGCAGCAUUAGGUGGAGGCAAGAUAAGCAGGAAACAUUGGUCCGAAACGAGCAAUCCGUUCGAUCAACCAAUAACUGCUGGAGUUUCACUUCAGACUCAUCGCCCCCGCACAAAACGAGUCACUAUGCGAGAUCUGCAGUUGGUGAUUGCUCAAGAUCCGAUCUCUCGAACCUCGCAACUGAGACACCGUUUAGCUUUAUUCAAUUAUACGACAGAUACUGUUUCGGCAUAA